AUGGCAUUAAACGCACCCCCAACUCCAAGCGGCAUCCGCGUCCUCAUAGUAGGCGCCGGCUUCGCCGGCUUAACAGCAGCCAUCGAAUGCCACCGCCACGGGCACACCCCCAUCAUCCUCGAGAAAUUUCCCGAGCUCAAACCUCUGGGAGACAUUAUCUCGUUUGCGCCCAACUCAUCGCGCAUCUUCCAGCGAUGGCCAGGAGUAGCCGAGAAACUCGAGCCCCGCGCCCUGCGACCAGAUGGCAUGACCAUCAAGUCGUGGCUGGGCGAGACGCUGUACAAGCAGAUGUGGAGCCGCGAAGAAGAAGAGUGGGGCAUCCGGUUUGACGGCCACCGGGGCGAGUUCCACGAGAUUGUGUUCCAGCAUGCGCUGGAGCUGGGGAUUGAAGUCCGGCUGGGGGCCAAGGUGGAUGAUUACUUUGAGGACGAGUCUGGGGCGGGGGUGUUGCUCGAGGGAGGGGAACAGGUGAAGGGGGAUGUGGUGCUCGCAGCUGAGGGGGUGCGGUCCAAGGGCCGGACGACGGUGUUGGGGUACGAGGAUAAGCCCAAAGCGAGCGGGUAUGCCGUGUAUCGGACUUGGUUCGGAACGGAGGAGUUGCUCAAGGAGCCCGAUUUGCAUUGGUUGAUUGCGGAGGGGGAUAAGCACUGUGCUUGGUUGGGGCCCGAUGUGCAUUUCAUUGCUGCCAGUCUGAAUGGCGAGAACUUCUCAUGGGUGUGUACGCACAAGGAUGAGGCGGAUAUUGGGGAGAGCUGGCAGUGGGAGGCGCCGCUGGAGGACGCGAGGAAGGUGCUAAAGGGGUGGGACCCCCUUGUGCAGAAGAUUCUUAAUCGAACGCCCAGUCCGCUUGUGGAUUGGAAAUUGGUGUAUCGUGAUCCACUGCCGACAUGGAUUAGUCCCAAGAGGAGAGUGGCGCUCAUAGGGGAUGCAGCGCACCCUUUCUUACCGACAAGUAUUCAGGGCGCAAGCCAGGCUAUGGAAGACGGGGCGACGAUAGCGGUGUGUCUACGGAAGGCGGGGAAAAACAAUAUCAAAGAAGCACUGGAGGGGUUUGAGGCUAUACGAUAUGAGAGAGUCAAGAGCGCCCAGAAGACGGGCGAACAGACCAGGGAUAUAUGGCACAAGGCGGACUUCGCAGCCGCGAGGGAGAACCCGGAGAGUUUAAGGUUGAGGAGAGAGGCUUGGUUGUUGAAUUUUGAUGCAGAGGCGUAUGCGGAGGAGUGGUAUGAGAGGACGGUAGAAGCAGUGAGGACGGAGGGGGUGGAGGGGGCGAGAAGGUUGCAUGUCAUGGAGGGGACGAAUGGGUAUAUUGAGUAUGGGAGCUUGAGUGGUACGGAGGCGGCGGGGGAACCGGAGUUGUAG